GGGGUCUAAUGACACUGAAUUAAUUUCGUUUUCAAGGUCUGGGUACAUAUGUGCCAAUGUGUUAACAUUUUGGGGGGGUAUUUAAAAGAAAUAAUCCGUUUACUGGCAGUAUGGUAUGUUGCACGUGUCUCAACACGUUGCCUAAAUUUGCAUAUACAUGACUACCACAAGGGUAAGCUCAUAUGUGAGGUCAUCUAUCACGUUUAUUCAAAUAAAAUUACUGCCAAACAGUCACGUGUAAUGAACGAACAAACACCCUAGAUUGCUUCGCCGCCUGAAUCGUGAAUGUCUAGUAAACUGGGACAUUUCAUUAAAGCAAUUAAGACUUGACGGUCAUUGAUAUUGUGUUAAUUGAACAUUGCAUCUACUGUUUUGGUUGAGGGGGGGUUUAUGGACGGACUGCAUAUUUUCCAAUGCAAUCAUUUUGAAUCAUUUACAGUUUUGGCAACCUUUCCUGUCAGUACAUGUUUACAGUAUGUGUACAAUUCUUUAUAUUCAUAAAUUGCCUCGAAUCAAACACAAAUUUCUGGUUAGGAUUAAUCAAUGCGCAGCCGCUAGCGCAGCAUCAUCCUUGCGAACACAGCCGAAGAGGAGCGGUGCGGCCCUGUAAAAGCGCCGAAGCAUUAUCCCCGGGUUAGAAGGUUCCUGGGUGUUCUCCUUCGUGAUCUACGUUUAUGUCUGCCUACAUUCUGGGCCAUGGACACAACCUUUAGCAGUAAUAAUAUUAGUUUUUUAAUACCUACCUAGUAAAGCAAAGAAUCGUUUGGAAAAUAAGAAGUGGCUGGAUUGAUUGCAGACUCUGGUUGAGGCUUGUUGGCCAGUGAAUGCAUAGAGUGAAGAAGGUCAAACUUGGAGACAAAACAGAAGGUUACUGGAAGAGUUGUUUAGGAGGGAAUAUGACGGCGGUGGACGGGCUAACAGACAGCACAGAGGUGGUGGAGAUGGAGGACGGUCCAUCUCAGUUCUAUGUGGAGAAGCACUCGUGGGGCGGCCUGCGUGACAUCAUCCACAGCAGCAGGAAGUACUCAGGAAUGAUCGCCAACAAAGCGCCCCAUGACUUCCAGUUUGUGCAGAAAAACGAUGAGUCAGGCCCCCACUCCCAUCGACUGUACUACCUCGGAAUGCCUUACGGAAGUAGAGAGAACUCACUGCUCUACUCGGAAAUCCCCAAGAAGAUCCGGAAAGAGGCCCUCUUGGUGUUGUCGUGGAAACAGAUGCUGGAUCACUUCCAGGCCACGCCGCACCAGGGGGCCUAUUCCCGGGAAGAGGAGCUCCUUCGGGAGCGGAAGCGCCUGGGAGCGUUUGGGAUCACUUCCUAUGACUACCACUCCCAGACCGGCCUGUUCCUCUUCCAGGCCAGCAACAGCCUCUUCUAUUGUCAGGACGGGGGAAACAAUGGCUUCAUCCAGUCUGCGCCCAUUAAGCCGGUGGAGAUUAAGACACAGUGCUCAGGGACCCGCAUGGACCCCAAGAUCUCCCCAGGACAGCCCAACUUCAUUGCUUUCAUCAACAACAACGACCUGUGGCUGGCUAACCUCAAGUCUGGGGAGGAGAGGAGACUCACCUUCUGUCACAAAGGUCUGGAUAAUGUGAAGGAGGACCCCAAGUCUGCGGGCGUGGCCACGUUUGUGAUACAGGAGGAGUUUGACCGCUUCACUGGCUACUGGUGGAGUCCCUCUGCCGUAGAGGACUCAGAUGGGGGCAAAACUCUGUACCUGCUGUAUGAAGAGGUGGAUGAGACGGAGGUAGAGAUCAUUCAUGUUCCCUCUCCAGCCUUGGAGGAGCGGAAGGCCGACGCCUACAGAUACCCCCGCACAGGCAGUAAAAAUCCUCAAACCACCCUGAAACUGGCUGAGAUAAAGACUGACAUACAAGGAAAAAUUGUGAGCAUUCAAGACAAGGAGCUAGUUCUCCCCUUCACCACCCUGUUCCCUGGGACGGAGUACAUCUCCCGCGCAGGAUGGACGACUGAUGGCAAAUAUGGUUGGGCAGUGCUGCUGGACCGCAGUCAGAGGAGGCUCCAGCUGGUGCUGCUGCCCCCGGCCCUCUUCAUCCCCGUCACAGAUGACCUGGCCCAGAGGCAGAAGAACCUGGAGGCCGUGCCCCAUGACGUCCAGCCCUACAUCGUCUAUGAGGAGACCACUGACAUCUGGAUCAAUGUUCAUGAUAUUUUCUAUCCGUUCGUUCAAACGUCAGAGGACGAGUUCUCUUUCAUAUGGGUGAAUGAAUCCAAAACGGGCUUCAGCCAUCUGUACAAAAUCACAUCAGCAUUGCAACCAGACUGCUACCAAUGGUCAGGAAGCUACAAAUACACAGAGGGAGACUUUAAAUGUGCAAUCAAGGAGGAGGUGACUCUGACCAGUGGGGAGUGGGAGGUUUUGGCCAGACAUGGCUCCAAGAUCUGGGUGAAUGAGGCCUCUAAGCUGGUGUACUUCCAGGGCACUAGAGACACUCCCCUGGAGCACCACCUCUAUGUGGUCAGCUAUCAGUCCCCAGGGGACGUGGUCAGACUCAGCAAGCCUGGCUUCUCCCACAGCUGCUCUGUAAGCAAGAACUUUGAUAUGUUUGUCAGCCACUACAGUAAUGUGAGUACUCCCCCCUGUCUCCACGUCUACAAGCUGACUGGCCCCGAGGGAGACCCUCUCCACAUGGUGCCUGAGUUCUGGGCCAGCAUGAUGGAAGCCCCAGGUUGCCCAGGAGAUUACAAAUCUCCGGAGAUCUUUGACUUCCCGGGAAAGUCAGGCUUCCAGCUCUAUGGAAUGGUGUACACGCCUCACAACCUCCAGCCUGGCAGGAAGCAUCCCACAGUCCUCUUUGUCUACGGUGGCCCGCAGGUCCAGUUGGUGAAUAACACCUUCAAGGGGAUGAAGUACCUGCGUCUCAACACCCUGGCCUCUCUGGGAUACGCUGUGGUGGUCAUCGACGGGAGAGGCUCCUGUCAGAGAGGCCUGAAGUUUGAAGGGGCUCUGAAAAACAAAAUGGGCCAGGUGGAGAUUGAAGACCAGGUGGAGGGCCUGCAGUACGUGUCAGAGAGGUUCAACUUUGUGGACCUGAGUCGCGUGGCCAUCCACGGCUGGUCCUACGGAGGCUUCCUCUCCCUCAUGGGCAUCAUCCAGAGACCCAACGUCUUCAAGGUGGCCAUAGCGGGUGCACCCGUGACGGUGUGGAUGGCGUACGACACGGGUUACACAGAGCGUUACAUGGAUACACCUGAUAACAACCAACAGGGCUACGAGGAGGGCUCCGUGGCGCUGCAUGUGGACAAGCUGCCCAGCGAGCCAAACCGCUUGCUGAUUUUACACGGAUUCCUUGAUGAGAAUGUUCACUUUUUCCACACCAACUUCCUGGUGUCACAAAUAAUCCGUGCUGGAAAGCCAUAUCAGCUACAGGUCUACCCCAAUGAGCGACACAGUAUUCGCUGCCCUGAGUCAGGAGAACACUAUGAGAUCAUGCUGCUGCACUUUCUACAACAAUACCUCUGAAAGUCACCCCCCUCUACCCCAUUCUGAAACCAACUGUAUACCUCCCCCGAAACCUCUGAAACCCAGGCAUAAAGACCUCUCUGUAGCCACACCCAACUACUCCCAACUUUACCAUGAACUGGUGAUCUCACUCAAUUAUACCUCCACCUGUCUCAGUUGCUCUCUCUCGGUCUCUCUGUCUCUCUCUCUCUGUCUGUCUGUCUGUCUGUGUUCUCUCGUCCCUGCACCUAAGGAGAUCCAAGGCAGGGUUGUGAAGUUUCACCUCGGACCGUGGAGUGAAAGGGGACAUUAUCUGGAGGCUGUCUCAAUCUCUCUCCCUCUCCACCGUGGAGUGAAAGGGGACAUUAUCUGGAGGCUGGCUCAAUCUCUCUCCCUCUCCACCGUGGAGUGAAAGGGGACAUUAUCUGGAGGCUGGCUCAAUCUCUCUCUCUCUCCACCUCGAACCGUGGAGGAGUGAAAGGGGACAUUAUCUGGAGGCUGGCUCAAUCUCUCUCCCUCUCCACCUCGGACCGUGGAUAAUGAAAGGGGACAUUAUCUGGAGGCUGGCUCAAUCUCUCUCUCUCUCCACCUCGGACCGUGGAGGAGUGAAAGGGGACAUUAUCUGGAAGCUGGCUCAAUCUCUCUCUAAUUGUCUUCCCUUUCUCUGGAUUGUUUUGCCAAAUGUUUUUCUUUUUCCUCCAUUUUAUUCACUCUAGUCAGUGGUAGGAUUGGGGUUCCUUGAAAACUAAAUGGAAUCUAUACACACACACACACACACGCAGCAUAUUGGAGUUGGUGUAAUGGCUAGAGGAAGAAACGCUGCCUUUACUUGCAUUCAUUAACUAUUUUAAGUGUGUAUUGUUAAAAAAAGAAAAUAUUUUUAUGGAUUCUUAUUCUUUUAUAAUGAGUGUCAAAUGAAGUCGCUCAUUGACAUAAUAAAGUCAUUUUCUCUCCUCACAUUGCAGUGCUCACGGUGUCGGCUUGCCUUCUGAAGACAUACCAUGUAUGCCAAAGUACUUCUUGACUUGAUCGUGCUGGUAUUUCCUUUUUUACGGCAAUUACGAUACGAGUACGAGCAGCCAAGUCUUAAGCAGCUUUGUACCACCUGAAUAAAAUGUGUACGUAAUGAUGAAGAAUAAAUACAUGUAUGAUGAAA